CGUUUUUCACCUCUGUCACAUAACCAAAAUAAGUUAGAAGCAGAACAUGUUUACAGUGAUUGGAAAGACUAAAAUCUAGUCGGGUAGAAAAAACUGUCAGUGUUGUUACUCUAUAGAGCAUAUAGGCUAUUAACAGUGCAUGCUGUUAUCUAUCCUACCGGCUGACUACAGGAAGUACAGUAAGUUAUCUGUUGUAGUCGAGACUACUUGGAUUGUCGUUUGGCUCAAUCAAUCAAUCACACGUAAGAUCUAGAGUAACGCCGAUGUAUAGUUUAAACUUAAACCGAUAGGGUUUUCGAAAACUUUAAAGUUGUUGUGCCAGCCAGAACGCGACGGUAGUAGUAGCAUAUGGAACAAAGGCAACGCAACGAGAUGCUGUUAGAUAACACAAUUUAAGACUUAUAGCCUAUGUCCUCGCAAUGGAAAUAAAUACAUUAAAAGUAGAAUCGAGUCUGUGGAUAGGAAAUAAGCGAUACCGGGCAGCUCUCAGUGCCUGGUACUUCAGCUGGACUGAGCUUGACAAGAAGAACAGAGAAAAGAAAACAGUUUCAGUGCGAGUCUCAGAGGUGAUUGGAGUUGAGGAUGGGCGAGUGGAGAUUCAACCCCAAAAGAAAGUGGAGGACACUGACCGGGACUUCACCUUAUUUUAUGUGAAGCGCAGCGGUCGUGGAAGUGGACAGGGAGUGCUGUGGAGUUUGGGCAGGACCCAGUUCAGCUGUCCCAGCCGUGACCUCCGAGACCAGUGGGUGACGCAAGUUCGGACGGCCCUCAAAACCCACAGUCCCGCUCGCCCUCACAGACUGCUGGUGUUCAUUAAUCCGUUUGGAGGGAAGAGGAGAGGGAAACAGAUCUUCCACUCCUUGGUGGCUCCUCUCUUUGAGCUGGCUGGCAUCAGCUCUCAUGUUGUUGUUACAGAACGGGCCAACCAGGCGAGAGACCACAUCCUGAAGAAAGACCUGACAGGCUUUGAUGGGGUGGUGUGUGUGGGUGGAGAUGGAAUGUUUAGCGAGCUGCUGCAUGGUGUGAUUGGGCGAACUCAGCAGGAGGCCGGCCUCUCUGAGCAUGACCCCAGCGGAGUCCUGCAACCAUGUGACCUACAUAUUGGGAUCAUUCCAGCAGGUUCCACAGACUGUGUGUGUUUCGCAACGGUCGGUGUCAAUGACCCUGUUACCUCAGCUCUCCAUAUCAUCAUUGGAGACUCUCAGCCCUUGGACGUGUGUGCUGUGCAUCACCAGUCCUCCCUGGUGCGCUACUCCGUGUCCCUGGUGGGCUAUGGGUUUUACGGGGACGUGCUUGCGGAGAGCGAGAGACAUCGUUGGAUGGGUCCGCUUCGAUACGACUACUCGGGGUGCAUGAUGUAUCUGUGUAACCGGAGCUAUCAGGGCACUGUACAGUUCCUGCUUGCUGAUCCUGGUCUCUCCAGUCCCAGGGACAAAACCCGCUGCCUCUCUGGGUGCCGUGUGUGUUCAGAGAGUACAGAGAGACUCUUCCCGCUCUCAGACAGCUGCUCCCUGUACAGUGAUAAGCUCAGCCAGUACAGUGACCAAUCAGAAGGUGAGUGGAUGAGCGUGUCAGGCCGCUUCAAGUGCAUCUCCCUCACGUGCAUGUCCAGCUCCUGUCCUAAGAGUCCUCUGGGCCUCUCGCCGUCGGCCCACCUGGCUGACGGGACAGGUGACCUCAUCCUGGUGCGGGACACAAACGCCCUGGGCUUUCUCACCUAUCUACACCGCCACACCACCUCACAGGACCAGUUUGACCUGCCUUUCGUGGAAGUGCACCGGGUCAAGGCCGUCAAGUUCACUCUCCCCCCUGGCGAAGACUCUGGAGAGGCCGAAAAGUACGAGAGGUCGGAGCAGAACACUGAGGAGGAGGAGGAGGCGGUGAUGGAGCAUCCUGACAAGCCAUGUGUGCAUGAGUCCAGCAAGAGUGGCUCCCUGCAGCACCUGGCCUGCACCGCUAAGGAGCGUGGGGCGCCGGGCAAGAGGAAGACGAGUGACUUCCUCUGUGGCCUCUGCUGCAGCAAGCCUCCGGCUGUGUCGGUGUGGAACUGCGACGGAGAGAUUCUGCCCCACACAGAGAUUUCAUGCAGGGUGCAUGGGCAGUUGGUGCGACUGUAUGCCCGGGGCAUCGAGGAUGAGGCCAGGGCCGUGGGCCUGUGUGAAGACAGCAGGGACUGCAAGGGCAAAUGUGUGCUUCACAGUCGAUGAAGUUCCCCCAUUUCUGUGACUUGCAUGGGCCAAUCCACUGAUGAACCAGUGUUUCUGUCCGUCAUAGUAAAGGCACCAGAUAUCUGUUAGCAACAGACCAUUUCCACAAAACCUUAAUGUUACAUUUUUACAGACUACAUAAUCUUGUAUGUUACUACUACAUUCUUAGUUCCUGUGUAGAUAUUUCAUCUGGCUGUGUCCAGUGAUCCACUGAUGGGUGUAAUGCAUACUGUACCCAUACCAGUACCACCACGUUAUUGUGUGUUGUUAUAACUUUUACAUGGCUUGUGCUAAAGUGUCUUAUCUUGUUUUAAAUUAUACACCACAAGUUGGUAUGAGGUAGCAAAAGCCUUUUUUUUUUUAAUUCAGCAGAAAGUAUAUAGGAAACAAUGUACAUGGUUGUGACGGUAUACAGUAGCAUGAAAAUCAUAUAAAAUAAACCUUCAAACUGCACUCAGUGCAAUUAUGCUCAA